AUGAAAAGGCUUCAUUCGAAUGGUAACACCGUAGGAUUUCAUCCAGACUCAAUUUUGGAAGUACAUACUUAAUACAUGUAAAUCAAGAGAGGAUAAAGGGGACAGAGAAGGCAUCCUCCGUAUACACCCUAUUCAAUAGGUAAUUCGUCUAGAGUUAUUUUUAAGACCACAGAUCCCAAGAGGGAUUGGACAACAGCCAAUCACAUAGCGCGAAUGUGUUCCGCGUGGAUGACCCACCCUCAGAGCCACGCGUCCUUCACGAAUUGAGGCAGAAAAAAAUGGCGGAAGAGGCGGAGAGCGAUAUUGCUAUUCGUUUUGUCGACGAAAACGAGAGAUUUCUGCUAAAGCUGUGUCCGCGAAAUGAAAAUUAAAAAAGAAUCGCCCAUCCUCUCUCGCAUAGAGCUAACAGUACAGCAGGGAAAUCCUUAACACACUGAAUAUUCUCUCAGGAUCAUUUAUAAUUUACAGUUUGAAGAGAGCAAUUUCUGGUUUGAUAUUUAUUCUUUCAUUAGUCUUUUUAUAUUCAACAAAAAUAACACUUGGCGUCCUAUAAUAAUAAUAAUGAAUAACUUCUAGAGCGCUAUUUACACUUACUGAUCAACAGCGCUUAACAACUUAAAAAACUACAAUAAAAUUCAAAUUUGUAAAACUAAUUACAUCUAUAUGAAUAUUACUUGCUACUUGCUUUAUUGUAAAAACAACCGGUUUCAAUAGACUGGCGAAAUUUCUCAUUUUGUUAAAGCAUUGAGGUUACGAUAACUUCGAGUUAAACUGAUUUCACGGGUUGUCAAAGAGUCGAGCGAUUCCCUUUUCCCAGGUAAGCGCCGACUCAUUUCGCUUCAAUAUUCAGAAAUGCUCACGAUCUCUUUACGCUUUCAUUACCCUCCGACACGUUUUGCACGGCGUUUAGUCAUGCCAAACCUUCACGUAACAUCCACGCAGCGCGCGUGGUAACUUUAUCUCGAUUCCAAAAAUAACUCGAGACGAAUUACCUAUGGAAUAGGGUGUGUAUGGGGGAUGCCUUCUCUGUCCCCUUUAUCCUCUCUUGAUGUAAAUAGUAUCAUGUGAAAGUACUGCUGAAGAAGUUUCAUUUGAGAGGUAACACCAUAAGACUUCAUCCACAAAUCAAACUGAAAUAGAGCUGUGUUAAAUGAUUUGUGGCCGGCCUGCGAUUUAAUACUGAAUUUAACAGUCUCGGUGUGUGGUUUAAUGUUAUUGUUGUUUGUUGUUGUUGUUGUUUUCAGAGUUAAAGAACCUGCAAGUACAUGGCUCGAACGAUGGUAAGGUUACUGCUACUAAAAAGAAAAUCGUGCCCACUGUUAUAAACGCCCCUGUCUGAUAGUCGACAGGAUAGUUGUCUCGCUUAGAUGGCCACUUAAAGUGGCGUCGAAACGCAGGCAUAUUACUAUAGAAAGCUAGGGCGUUGUCAUGUAAUUUCUCAUUUUUCAAAACCCUCUUUGUUCUACUCCUUUUCCGUUGAUUUUUUUUAGAAUGUCAAAAUUACAAAAACCUGACGAGUGCUGACCGAAACGUGAAUUAUGGUAAAAGCGGCGUCGAAUGUGAUGCAGAUAUUGUUCCUGGGUGGUUUCGGUAUCAAGACGAGGCAGGAACACGGAUGGCAACUACAUGCCCACCACACUGGAGCUGUAACAGUGGUGCGAAUGGCUGGAUGAAGGGGGAGCUGCCCUCAUUGGCAGACGGACGGGUCACCAGGAUGGCCUGUUUCCAGUUUAAUAAUCAGUGUUGUUUCUACUUCAAAUAUAUUCAAGUUAGAAAUUGCGGUGAAUACUAUGUUUACUAUCUCAAUGGCACACCAGAUAACAAGUGCUACGUCCGCUACUGCGGUAGCGAUUGA